GUGACCGCAUCGCCGAGCUUCCCCGCGCUUGCAUCGGUUUUUAUCCAACGCCAUUUCCAUAAGGUGACGAACCUUUCGAAGACCCAUGGUGUCAACAUUUUCAUGAAACACGAGGACCUGGCUGGACCCGGUACUCCGGAAGCAAAAUGCGUCUUGCCGAGUUCAUUCUGGGCAGCCCUAGACAGCAGGGAUACACCCACGUCAUAACCCAAGGCGUCCACCUCACCAAUUCCGGCUUGCAGUUCGCUGCCGCUUGUCGGGUAGCUGGAAUAACGCCAAUUCUCUUCCUGACGCGGGACACUGAGCGACACGGCCGACUUGAGGAGUAUAGGGGCAAUCUCUUACUCACGCAGAUUCUGGGCGUGGAGACUCACUACCUUAAGACUGGAACCGGGGGCUACUGGAACGCAACCAAUCUGGAAGCUGAAGGCCACCGCACCCUUAUUGUGCCGACGAAAGGCACUCACCCUCUUGGCUUUGUUGCUCAUCUCCUUACAUUUUUGGAAAUCAUCGAGCAAUCUGAGCGCGAGGGUGUGAGCCUUGACUAUAUCUACCAUACUGCUGGCACUGACACAGCACUGCCAGGCCUUCUAGCCGCCAAAUUCAUGACGGGUCAUCCUGUGGAAUUCAGAUCCAUCGCGAUCAACUCAUAUAGCAGCCAAAGCCAUAUCAACCCGAGUGUUGUCGUCGACCGCGUCAAAGCGAUUCUCGAACGCUUGGGCGCUCCAGUGCCAUCAGACAAGGCCAUCCAUGCUGAGAUCGAUGUUGAUGAGAAGUUUAUCGGUGACGAUUAUGCGGUGCCAUAUGCCGACAGCAUUGCCGCUAUUCGCGAGCUCUCUCGAGCCGACGGAGACUUUUUGGGGCCAGUGUACACGGGAAAGGUUUUCGCGGGCCUGCUAGAUCAUGUGUGUAAUGGAAAGGUUCCUUCUGGGGCUAACGUGGCUUUUCUACAUACUGGUGAUACUGCAAACCUCUUUGGGGUCUCAACAGUCGUCGGUGCUGUUGCAGACGCUGCGGGUGAAAGUUUAGAGUGAGACCUGCAUUAGGAGUAAUUAUAGGAUGUACAAAGAAUGAAUUAAAUUUAAAUCUGC